AUGUGUUCAGUCCGUGAACUACGCCUCUCCCCGGACGAACGAUACUUGCUUAGCUACGGAUGGCGAAAGGAGAUAUGCGUUUGGGAAAUAGGCAACACCUUAACGUUGCGCACGAAGAUAUCAGCUCCGACUCCAUGGAACGCUUUUGGAGACCAUUCCGACAUAUGCUCCUUUGCCCUCAGCCCCGCAGGUGACAAAAUUGCGACGACCUCACUGGACGGGUCAACUUGCAGCUUCUGGUCCUUCGAAUCGGGGGAUUUUCUUGGAUCCAUACCUUUUCAGUGGCCUUCCAAAUGGCUCCUUCGACCUGACUUCAAUUUCUACCCUGACGGCGGACACUUGUCUCCUCAUGCGAAAUACGUUUGCUGGCUUCCACGACACUUCUCCCCAUACCACGCCUUCCUCAUAUCGGAUCCACACACCGGCUCUCUGAUCCAUGUUUGCUCAGGACACCGCGAUUCGAUCCAUACCGUCGAAUGGUCGCGCUGUGGAAAUUUCAUCGCUACCUCGUCAAACGACCGGUUUAUCCGCAUAUGGAGGGCCCGGGACGGAGUGUGCAUCGGCUGCCACUUCUUUCCAGAGGGGGCGCCGUCUGUGCUGGUAUUCACGGGCGACGGCGAGUCGUUGUUCUUGGGAAGGGAGAACGGUGCGAUUGGCUGGUUGCACCUGUGCGAGAUCGACGCUCGCGAUGGGCGUCCAUGCAGACGACUCUCUCCCACCACGGACGUUGCCCCCCACGAUCCUGCGCUGAUAUAG